GACUGACCCUGCAGCCAGGGCGUGAGGACUAGGGUGAUCGAGUGUCAGCGGGGUCAGAACGGCAACCUUGGGACUCUGGAGCGGCGCGCCUGGCAGGUACACAGAAGCCGUCCACGCCUCGGAGCGGGGAGAACCAGACGCGGGAGUCCCUCAGGAUACGGUCGAGAAAGUUCUCCAAAACAAAGUGCCUGAAUUCAGCAAGGGAUGGCACUGGCCUUGAUCCACCCUAGCAAGCGUGCAUACUCUUUGGCUCCCCUGGGUCUGAAGGAGGAGCUUCAGGGAUUCAGAGUUGAAGGAAACAGAAAAGGCCUUGGGCAGGAGCCAUUGAGCAAACAGUUCAGGCAGCUGCGCUAUGAGGAGAGCACUGGACCUCGAGAGGUUUUACGCCGACUCAGGGAGCUCUGCAGACAGUGGCUGCAGCCUGAGACCCGCAGCAAGGAGCAGAUCCUGGAGCUGCUGGUGCUGGAGCAGUUCCUGACCAUCCUGCCAAGAGAUCUGCUGGUCCAGGUGCUCGAGCACCACCCAGAGACUGGGGAGGACCUGGUGGGAAUACUGGAAGAUUUGCAGCGAGACCGUGGAGAAGCAGGACAGCAGAAGGACCCAACCCAAGGAAACAGACAGACUGUGCUGGUCCUGCCUGAGCGUGAGGUGCGCAAGCCUGAGCGUGAGGUGUGGAAGCCUGAGUGUAAGGUGCAGAAGCCUGAGCCUGAGGUGCAGAAGCCUGAGCCUGAGGUGCAGAAGCCUGAGUGUGAGGUGCAGAAGCCUGAGCAGGAGGUGCAGAAGCCUGAGCAGGAGGUGAAGAAGCCUGAGUGGGAGGUGAAGAAGCCUGAGCGGGAGGUGAAGAAGCCUGAGAAGAACAAGGAUAAGGAAACAAGGAAUGGGAGUGGGAAGCUUGUUAUAGUGACAGACCAUUGUGGAAGAAUCAAAUCAUCUUGUACAACAUCUAAACCCAUGGAGGCCCACAGUGAGAACUUGCACUUCAAAAAGCAACCAACCAUGCCCAAGGAGAAAACUAGCAGCCAGUGCUUGGAAACUAAGGAGAGACUUGUCCAGCACUCAGCCCUGACUGAACAUGAAAGGGCACAUGCAGGAGAAAAGUCUCGUGAAUCUGUAGUGUGUCAGAGUUCUGUUCCUACUGAGCAACAGGAAGUCCUCUCUAAAGAGAAAGGUCACCCCUGCCAUGAGUGUGGGAAAGUCUUUCAGAGGAGUUCACACCUCAUCAGACAUCAGAAAAUCCAUCUUGGUGAGAAGCCUUACAAGUGCAAAGAGUGUGGAAAAGUCUUCAGCCAGAAUGCAGGCCUUUUGGAGCAUCUCAGAAUCCACACUGGAGAAAGACCCUAUCUGUGUAUCCAUUGUGGAAAGAACUUCAGAAGAAGCUCUCAUCUUAAUCGACACCAAAAAAUCCACAGUCAGGAGGAGCCCCGUCAGUGCAAGGAGUGUGGGAAAACCUUUAGUAAGGCCCUGCUCCUCACCCACCAUCAGAGAAUCCACGGCCGUGCCAAAAGACAUUAUUGUAACGAGUGUGGGAAAGGCUUCAGUUUGACUUCCGACCUUAUUCGACAUCACAGGAUUCACACUGGAGAAAAGCCUUUCAAAUGUAAAGUGUGUCAGAAAGCCUUCCGUCUAAACUCACACCUAGACCAGCAUGUCAGAAUCCACAAUGAAGAAAAACCCUACCAGUGUAGUGAGUGCAAAGAAGCCUUCAGACAGAAGUCAGGUCUCUUUCAGCAUCAGAGACACCACCACAAGAACAAACUGGCCUGA